AUGGUGAAUACGACGCGAGCGGGUGAGAUGCCCUGUCCGGAUCCCUCGGCGCAUGGCCACAGUCACAAGCUGUCCGAGCAGGCAUCGACGGCGGCACUGUAUGCCACCGAUCCGGCGAGGCACACAAACCCGAGGGAGGGUGUUCUGGGUCAGGACGGCAAGCUUUCGUCGAAGAGUGCGGCAGCAUCACUAAAGUAUGCGCGGGCACAAGACCUUCCCAGCUUCCCAUCUCGUGGCCUGGAAGCCAACUCGGCAGGAAAGGCUGCGUUAUUGGCCAAGGACUACAAGAUGGAUGAGCUGUGGCAGCCCGAGCUGAGCUCAGCAGGUUCACGUGCCGCGCUGCUGGCCCACAAUAAGGGUGCAGAUUUGAACCUGUGGCAGCCGACGGCCAGCAGCGACGGCAACAGCGCUGCCGUUCUAGCCAUGCGCAAGAAAGGCUUGAGUCCGGAGCUGGAUCGUGGAUACACCGUCGACGGCAAGAAGGGUGCGCUCAUGGCUGCGAGCCUCUCCGUCCACCGCAAUACCGAGCAGAAGCCGGCCGUGGAGAUGAAGAACAGCUACCCCGAUGCCAACAACGCCAGCUUCAAUGCUCUGAAUGCGGCGACGAGGAGCCACGGCACCGGGACACUCAAGGACAGAGCUGCGCCCGAUGGGUGGAACAGCGAUGCUAUGCAGGCGGCUCGGGUCAAGAACUUGGGUGCGAACAUGGACCCUGCCAUGUUCACCGAGCGUCCACCAGUCGAGAUCGAGCAGGAGGAGCUCCGACACAAAAACGCCCUCCAAGCCAGCGCCGUCAGCAUGGCCAAACAGAUGUAUGAGCUCCAGAACCGGACGGCACUUCGAGCAGAUCUCACAGGCGCGGACUCGGCAAGUGAAGCGGCUGCAGCACGCCAACCGGCAAGUUCGCAGAAGGAUGUCAAGCAGGAGGCGUUGCGCUACAUCAAUCUACAAGAUGCAGCGCACAAGCUUGCACAGGAACGGCUGGCCAAGGUAGACAAGAACUUCGAGGAAGCUAAGUACCGCGAGUACUAUGGCUACCCAGAUGAGAAGCAGCAGACCAGCCCGAAGAAACUCGCCGGAAACCGACUAUCGAUGCGUAGCCGUGGUCGUAGACGCGCAGGUAGCGAUGCCGACCUGGAUGAUUCGGACGACGAGGAGCAGGCACGCAAGAUCAGGAGUCAGAUGACCCAACUCAAUACUGGCCUGAGCGGCGUGGACGACAAGAAGCGCAACGAGGACCGUGCGAGACUGAUGGCUGCCGCAGAGAAGAAUGUUCACGGUCGCAUGCACGAUAUGGAUGAGAAAGUCUUCGCAGACACUGGCAAGGUCCCACCAGCCAUGAUGGAGGAAUGGGAGACCAAGGCACGAAAGCGAGCACAGGAAAAUCGCGAAAUGCAAGCGCAGCACCCUGGUAAGACCCACAUUGGCGGUGGUAAGUUCAUCGACCAGAGUGAGAUCGAAGCCAUUGCUGCUGCUCGUCUGAAGCCUACGCUUGAUGAGAUCACUGCUACGGCAGAGAAGAAGCGCGCCCGUGAUAAGGAGAUGCAGGAGAUGAAAGAGGAGCACGAAGCGAGUAAGAGAGAGGAGAAGCAGAAGCAGCGCGAGGAGAAAGACGAAAAGACAAGGUUGAAGAACGAGGAGAAGGCUGUCAAGCAGCAGGAGAAGGAUAGGAUCAAGAGGAUCGAGGCCGAGGAGAAGGCACGCAAGGCGGGAGAGCAGCGCAAGAGCCGGGAGAUUCGGCGUGAGCCCGGUGAGGUCGCCGCGGGAAGUGUUGUGGGCACUGAGGGCGAGGAAGACACGGUGGAGACGUCGAGACAGGAGAAGAGGCAGAGCACUCUUGGUAGACUCACGAGCAAGCUGAAGCGGAACAAGAACAAGGAUGAAGGUCCGAUGGAUGAGGAGAAGGUUAUUGAGCCUAAGCAUGAGACUGCGACUACCACUGCUGCAGUUGCUGGUACUGCUGGUCUAGCUGCAGGAGGAGUCGUGGUGGCUGGCGAGGGCAAUGCUGCGCACCCUGAUGCAGCUGAGCAGUACAACGACCCAAAUGUGGCCGCCGGGAACGAGUCGCGAGAUGAUGCUGUACCAACUAUCGUGGAGCCUCCGACACUCGUAGCACCCGUCGCCGAGCGCCGCGCACCUCCACCAACCAUGUUGCAGCACAUGGGCAGCUACAACGAGCCUUUGUCGACAGCUCCUUCCGGCGACCAUGCUGACCUCGAGCGCCAUAUUUCGCAUAUAGUCGACAGCGAUCCCGAAUCUGGUCUCGACGACGAUGAUGACGAUGACGAUGAACCACAAGAUGAGCUCGACGUCAUCUCGAAGCACAUGGACAGAUUGGGCUCCGCUGGAUUGGCUAAGAACCAUAAUGAGCUUGCCGAGAAGGGCAAGCAGAAGGUUGCUUUGGACUCUGAGGCAUUGGCUGCCGGUGCUGGUGCAGCUGCGCUCACUGGCGUAGCUAUGCGAGACCAUGAGGCCGAGAAGACACCUGCGGGCACGAUUGACCAGUCCCAGCCUGUGACGCAGACUACUGGCUCGGUCCCGGCUAGCCAGGGUGAGCAUCCUUUCGUUGCAGCUGGACCUCACACAACUCUUAUGGGUAACGUUCUUGACCCGAAUAUCAGCUCUCCAGCAGAUACUGCUGCCGGAGAGACUACUCGCCUCGCUAGCACUGUUAUCGCCGAUCCUGCUUCGGAGACCAUCGGGCCACACGAAAGCAAUGUCGCCAACGUGGUCGACCGUCGUGUGCAGCCCGAGCCAUCGAAGCAAGUCAGCCGAAACCUCGGCGACGAGACAGGUCCUGCUCCCAACACAGCCGGCCCACACCAAAGCGACAUAGCCAACGUCGUCGACCCACGAGUCAAGCCCGGGCCAGAGCAGCUCAAAGCUCGCGAGAAGCAAGCCGAAGGCAAGUCCGCUGUGAGCAACGAGCCCACCCGAAAGGAGCAAAAAGGUGUCCUUGGCUUCUUCAGCAAGUUCAAGAAGGAUCGCAAGGAGCCGGGUCGUAUCUCGGGCAUGUCUGGCAGUGGAGCGGGUGCUCGUGAAGCCAAGCCGAGUAUCGAUACAGUCGGCUCUGGCUCUAGUAGCGGUGAGGUGCGUCCCACGAAGCCGGAGCUCGUGGAUGCUAUUCAGCGUUACAGCCAUGAGGAUCAAGGCCGCAAUGAGUUGGGCGCUAGCACGAGUGGGACACAACAUGCCGGACACGUAGGGACCGAUGGACCUAUCGGCGACACUUCAAAAGUCUCUGGCGUUGACGGCAAGGCUGGUGCGGUGGAGCCCGCGCUAGCUGAGCCGGUGAGCCCAGUCAGCGCCUCCUCCUUCCGACGCCACGACCACGAGUCCCGCGAUCUCGACGAUGUCUCCUCCUCUGGUCUAGAAGAAGAGGACCUCGACCGCGGACGUGGGGGUCGUGGUUCCAAGCCCAGCAGCGGUGGGGGUCUGCUAGGCAAGCUUGGGCUAGGCAAGAACAAGGACAAGGAGUCUACUGCGCCUAUUGCUGGUGCAUCUACCGCCGACACUGCCCGCAACAACAGUGCUGGGGAGACGGACGACAAUCAGUUCGAGGAGGCGAGGGAUCAUUUCGAUGAGACGCUUGCGCCGCCUCCGGCUUUUGGGGGGCAGAUGAAGAGUUCGAGCCCCGUGAGGAGUACGAGGUUUCAUGAGGAGGUAUGA